AUGUUGGACGUCGACAGCAUGUCUCGACCACAUCACAGCUACCACGAGGGAUAUGCCCCCGGACAUGGGCACUACGCUCCAGAGCACCCACCGUACCCACCACCACAGCCCUCUCACCUCACCCAGCCGCCACGGCUGCCCUCCAUGGCCACCAUGAUAUCGACUGCAGGAGCAAGCCACCUUCCUGCAAUGCCAAAUGGACGAGACGUCUCCUACCCGGGAGGGAAACCGGGCUACUAUUCAGACUACGCAACCCCCUCGCCAGUCGGGCAGACACCUCCGCAGUUCCCUGGUCCGAGCAACGACCCCCAUGCCUUCUCCAGGCGGGCAGUCGACAUCCGGCGCUCGCCCACCCUAUCAUCAACAGCCAGUGACCGGUCAUCUGACGAGGUAGCCCACGAGAUGCGUCUGAGGCAAAUGAACAGCUUCCGAGACCACCACAGCCAAGGGCUCCCACGACAGUAUCCCCAUCAAUCCCCCCGUUCAAGAGGGAGUUCCCUCCACCACGACAGCGCUCUCCCACCAGUAUUGAUGGGCGGCCCCUCUGCCAGCCCUUACGUCCCAGCAUCAGCAUACAUGAACGGCCGCCCGCCACCGCACCUCCCCCAAAGCCCAUCAAACAGCACCCAAGCCAGCGCCUCCCCAAGACAAGAGGGGAAAUCCAUGAGCAUAUCCAACCUCCUCAGCUCAGACAGCGCCACCACCACCACUACCUCAUCCUCCUCCACCUCCCACCAAAAAAAAAAAAAAAACAUGAACACCACCACCCUCCCACCCCUCCUACCCACCCCCCAGCCCCCUCCCCCCAUCCCCUCAACCUUC